AUGACAAAACUAUCGGGGAAGUCCUCCCCAGAACUGGACGUUGUGGAGCACGUGAAUGGUUUUGGACGCUGGCAGUUGCGCACCAUACUGCUGAUAUUCCUCUGCAAGAUUCCCAGUGCCUGGUUCACAGCCAUUAUUAUCUAUACGGCUCCUUAUCCCUGGAAGGGGGAGCUGGUCUGCCAUCCGGCUGAAUGGAAUGAGCGAUCGCGGGCGGAGCAUGUCAGUCAGAUCCAUCCACUUUGGCAGGAUGCAAGGAGCACGGAUCGGCUGUUCAAUGUGGAUGUGUGCAGCUAUUCGGAUUCCCUGGCCCGAGGAUUCGUCCGCAGUCAUGGUCGGCAGUGGAAUGCCUCGGAAUAAGAGCCGGAUGCCCAAUCUUCGCUUCCCUGCGAGCAUGUGGAGCACAUGACGGACUAUAGAUCCCUGAUCAUCCAGUUCGAUCUGAUCUGCUCUCGUCGCGUUUUAGUGGCGGUGACGCAAUCUUUUCAUGCUCUUGGCGCCCUGAUUGGCGGUCUAAUGGCCUACUCUGCUCUCAAAAUCAUUAGUCCACGACGUUUGAUGUUGCUCGGCAUGAUUGGACAGAUAUUUUGUGGUAACCUCACCGGUUUAGUGGACACCUACCAGUUGCACAUCUACUUUCGCUGCCUUACUUCCAUAUUGGCCCUUAUGUAUACUUCCGGGCAGUUUAUAUUAAACGACAUCACCUCGGGACAGGCUCGCAUCAUAGUGAUCACUCUAUCGGAGCUGUUUUGGUCCAUGGGUCUAGUACUCCUCCCUGCCAUUUCCAUAUACUUUGACGACUGGAGCUACCUGUACGUGGCCAUCUCCUUCCUGAUUGUUCUGGUUUGGCUGCAUCGAUGGAUAGCGGAUUCUCCUCGCUGGCUGCCACACCAGCGGAUUGAGGCUGCUCUCCGCCAGCUUCUGGAAUCGGCCACCUACAACAACAGGAAGGUUCCUACCCUCGAUGUUCAGCUCACGGUGUACGCCAAUGACUGGACAAUGGCCAAAAAGAAGCCUGGUUACUGCCAAAUCUGGGAUGGCGAGACGAAACGCAGCCAACUAUUGUAUCACUGGAUCUGGGGUUGUGCUAUGGUGCUAUAUAACAUCAUUCUGCUGAUGAUCCGGAAUUUAGGAGCCCAACAAGUGCAUGUGAACACAGCAGCCUUGGGUUUUGCUGAGAUGGUGGGCGUUUUUGUGGCUUACCUGAUCCUGUACACACGUCGUCAUUGGCGGUGGGCAGGAAAUCUGAUGAUUAUAGCGGGUCUGAGUACUUACCUCAUAUGGCUUUUACCAGAAACUGAACGUAACUCCAGACGAGUGGGACUGGAACUGGUCUUCUGGUUUGUCUUAAAGGUGGCCAACUCCGCCUCUAUAGCCGUCUUGACCACUGCACCAGUGAAAUUGUGUCCAAGGAGAAAGGGUGCUCUCCUGCUAUCCGUGAUCUCAUUCAGUCGCAUGUGCCUGGUAUUCUGCCCGCUGCUGAGCUGCCUCACUGUCAUCCAUCACCUGGUUCCAAUCACCAUCUUGGCUACUAUUGGUUGGAUCUAUGGACUGGCCCUGCGUCGUCUCAAUCGCUAUUAUUGGAACACGGAGCAGCCACAGAUGAGCCAGGUGCCCACUCCCAAAUAUCGUCGCCAGUCGGCCAUCAUUUUGCGCCGCUGCAGCACCGACAGCUCAGAUUGCAGUGCCUAUAGCAACGAACUGUUGAGCAACUUUGAGAGGAAUAUGGCAGUCAGUAUAGCCGACAUUUGGCACAUCAACUUCCAUCCCAGUGAGAUCGAAAUGGAGCUGGAGCAGCCCAGACCGCAAGCUUGCAGGUCGCACAGCUCGGAAACCAUUUAAAAAGCUUUCCAGAAGCCCAAAAGUAGGCUUUGUUAUGUGAUUAAAAAAUCAAGAUAUUCCUAUUUGUUGUUAAUAGUAAAGUGUUUAUAUAUAUUAAG